UAACAUAAUUGUUAGUAAUUUGAAAGCUUUUCAUAUAACAAACUUAAAUAGCAACUACUAUAUAAGUCUAGAAACAGAGCUACCAGUAGCACUCACAACACAACCUGACACGUCUUUGUUUUAUUACAUAUAAAUUUCUUCUCAAAUUUUACUAUCUCCGACCAUGAAGAGAUCCUCCACAGUCACAUCAUUACCGUCUCUCUCCCUCUUUCUCCUCUUGCUACUGCCGUCGGUAGUCCAAUCCUCCGACGACCUUAUCGACAAAAUAUGCCAAGCAACGCCGUUCUGCGACCUCUGUGAAGCCUCUCUCCGUCCACUCUCUCCUUCACCUUCUGAUCCAAAAUCCUUAGCCGUCGCUAUGGCCAGCGUUGUUCUCGGAAACAUGACCGAUACUUUAGGAUACAUUCAAUCGCUGAUCAAACAUUCUCACGAUCCUGCGGUAGAGCGCGCGCUGGCUCAGUGCGCCGAGCUGUACCGGCCGGUGGUCAAGUUUAAUAUUCCUCAGGCGAUGGAGGCAAUGCAGGGCGGCAAAUUCGGAUUUGCGAUAUAUGUACUCGGAGACGCCGAGAAGCAGACUGAUUCUUGUCAGAAAGGGAUCACGAAUACCGGCGCCGACGAUGAAAGCUCGGUGGCUGUUACGGCUAGAAACAAGCUAGUUAAGAAUCUUUGUGACGUGGCGAUUUCUGUGCUUAAGUCUCUUAUGAGUCUUUAAGAAUCUUUGUUUCUUGAAAAUAAUAAUUAUAUAUACAUAUAUAAUAUAUUUGUAAUUAUUGACACGAAAUUUCUAUUCUAAAUUUCGGAAGAGUUCCACUUUA